AUGAGAUUCCUCUCCCUGCUAUCACCAGCCCUCCUGGCAGCGACUGUGUAUGCCGCCGAAGACGCCUCAUCCUCAUCCUCCACACCUCCAGCCGCAGCCUCUCCAGCGGCUGACGAGCCAACUCCUGUAGGCGCACUCUGGACCGCACAAUGGGACAGCAACACCCUGAAACCUUAUACCCAACACUGCCGCAACAAAAACACCUACAAUGCCAAGAUCUACAAGCUCAAUGAGCUAUAUCCUGAUCUAAAAGAGCAAGCACCCCAACUCAAAGUCUUUUACAACAAGCAACUUUACGCCGGCUCCUGGGCGGGCAUCGACGUCCACGGUACCGGGCGUGAACUCAUCAAGAUGAAUAUGGCAGACAUGCCGUACAAAGUACGAGAGUGGCUCAAGCGCGAGUCGCUACAACGACACUACAGCGUCCAGGACGAUAUGGUUUUCUUUGCACCAGGAGCGAUUUACCCGAUACUGCCUUUGUGGGUUGACGAUGCUGACGAGGGUGGAGAGGAGUGUGAAGGUGUUUUUGAUGGUUUGGAGAACUACUCGAACGAACCGAAGGACGGAGCUGUGAUUGGGAAGAUCAGUCAUACGAACACGGGGGAUAAGGAAGUGAAGUUCACAGUCGAGGCGUUGAAGGUGAAGGCUAAAGACGGAAGAGAUGAGCUGUGA